AUCAAUGGUCUCUUGCAUGUAUGAGUAUGCCCACCACCACCACCACCACCAUAACCACCACCACCACCACCAGUUAGCCUUCCGGAGCCACUCAGUUCGCCUCUCUCUCCGCGCUGCUGUGGGUGGUGGUGUUGCUGUCCCUCCCAUCAACACCGGAUUAACACCGCCAUCAGCAUGGCCGUCGCAGAAAGUCAGCUGAUGAGGCAACGCAAGGAGUUCUGGGAGGGUCAGGAGGCGAGCACCGUGGCCAUGAUCCAGACGGAGGGAUUCGAACACCUGGCCGCCGAGGACGCUGACGAGGUGAUGGCCUACCUGCCCGACCUGAGGUGCAAGAGAGUGAUAGACCUCGCGGCUGGGAUAGGGCGGUUCACGACAAGUCUGGCGAAGGUGGCGGCGCAGGUGACGGCGGUGGACGUGUCUGAGGCCUUCAUCAGGGAGAACCGAGCCCAGAACCAUCACUUCCCGCACGUGUCCUACAUCUGCGACGACGUGGUGAAUCUGGAGCUGCCUGAGGGGAGCCUGGACGUGGUGUUCAGCAGCUGGCUCCUCAAGUACCUGAGUGACGCCGAGCUGGACCGCUUCCUUCCCAAAGUCCUCUCCUGGCUCAGUCCCGGCGGCCACUUCUUCUUCCGCGAGUCCUGCUUCGGCAACGUGGGAACGAUACACUCUGCUGAGAACCCAACCAUCUUCCGGCGGCCUGAGGAGUACGUGAGUCACCUGCUGCAGGCCCGCGACGCCCAGCAGUCCGCCUUCUCGCUCCUCCGCUGCAAGAACGUCCUCGCUUAUAUAAACUACAAGAGCGCGGCCAACCAAGUGUGUUUCCUGGCGCGGAAGGUGAGCGAGCGGGACGUGGAGGACAAGCCUGAGCCCCGCCAGCACAUCAUCUGUCCCCUCGGCGCCGCGCUGCCCGACGGAGGUCCCGGCGACGCCCUGGGUGGAGAGGCCUCGACUAAGGCGUUCGCUGCUCGGCUGGGGUUGCAAGCGGGCCAGCGGGUCUUGGUGGUGGGCUGCGGGCACGGGGAGUCGGCGGAGUUCCUUGUCAGACACUACCAGGUGACAGUACACGGGGUCGACCGCUGCCCCGCCCGUGUGUUUAAGGCAAUAGAGCGUCAGGUGAAGAUGGACGGAGACCUGAGGCAGAAGUUGCACUUCGAGGCCGGGUGUCUGACACAACUGGAGCGGAACGACGACUCCUACGACGUCAUCUACUGCCGGGAGGCGCUGCACGUCCUAUCCAAGAAGCAGGACGUGUUUGGCAGAUUCUACAGAUGGCUUCGUAAGGGAGGUCUGUUCUUCAUCACUGAGUACACCAGCGGCUGCUCCUCUUCUGCUUCCUCCUCAACCAGUACCGAGGGGGCCGCCGGCUGCUCCCACGCCCACACCCAGCCUGCGUGCCACCUCGAGACGGCAGACAACCUGGCUAUGAGUAUGCGCGAGGCGGGCUUCAAGGGCGUCACGGCGAAGGACCUCUCGCAGGAGCUGACCAAGAUCCUGACGGAGGAGGUGGGGGGUUCGGACAAUCCUGGAAACGACGGGAACUACCAGCUGGUCCUGGCCAAGAAGGGGCAGCUGACCUGGACCUCCUUCACCGCCACCAAGUAAGGGAGGAGACGAGGACGAGGCGAAAUGAGAGACGACGUACAGACGAAAGGGAGAGUUGUCAUGGAGCUGAUCUGAUGCAUGACUGAAACCGUAGCUACACCUGAACUCACACACCUGCACACCUACACACACACACACACACACACACACACACACACACACACACACACACACACACACACACACACACACACACACACA